AUGAGUUCAGUAGUUGAGGCUUCAGUUCCUCAAGCAGCGUCGAGAAUUAUUGUCGACGAUGACGUUGUAGAGGAUGAAUUUGGUGCCAAGGACUAUACAAAACGGGUGGCUUUGCGCGAGGAUCACGAUGCUAGACCUAUUUGGGUGGCCCCAGAUGGGCACAUAUUCCUUGAGACAUUCUCUCCAGUUUACAAGCACGCCCAUGACUUCUUAAUUACCAUUGCAGAACCUGUAUCUCGACCGGAGCAUGUACAUGAAUACAAACUGACUGCCUAUUCGCUCUAUGCAGCAGUCUCAGUUGGAUUAGAAACAAAGGAUAUCAUUGAAUAUCUACGUCGAUUAGGCAAAACAACUCUACCUGAACCGGUAGUAAAUUUCAUCACUACAUGCACACUAAGCUACGGAAAAGUGAAACUUGUACUACGACAAAACAAAUAUUUCGUUGAAUCUUCAUUCCACGAGGUGAUAGAAAAGCUUUUAGCCGAUUCAGUUGUUGCACAUUGUCGGAAAAUAGGAGACAAUGAAGAUUUGAUUACAACCAUUGUACCUAAAGAUCAGCGUGAUAAGAAGCCUGUGCUGGAUCCGAACACAGGAGCUGUGAUCGAAGUUGGUACGACCGAUGCUGAUGCUGUUCCCGAUGAUAUUUAUAAUUAUUAUCAGCGCUUCGAGCGCGAGGAUGAUGAUCUAGAGGACCUCAAGGUGAUAUCGUUCGAGGUAAAGCAGGAGGAGAUUGAGACAAUCCAAAAGCGCUGCAUCGAACUAGAUUACCCACUGUUGGCUGAAUACUCAUUCAGAGAAGACAAUGUGAAUCCUAAUGUAAACAUUAAUCUAAAACCUAGCGCAGUGCUGAGACCUUAUCAAGAAAAGAGCCUGAGAAAAAUGUUUGGCAAUGGCCGAGCUAGAUCUGGCAUCAUAGUUUUACCUUGCGGUGCUGGUAAGUCUCUUGUUGGCGUGACAGCUUGCUGUACUGUUCGCAAACGUUGUCUAGUAUUAUGUAACUCAGGUGUGUCAGUUGAGCAAUGGAAAACACAAUUCAAACUUUGGUCGACGGCUGAUGAUAGUAUUAUAUGUCGAUUCACCUCUGACGCUAAAGAUCGACCAGAUAACUGCGGUAUUUGCAUCACUACUUAUUCGAUGAUUUCUCAUACUCAAAAGAGAAGUUGGGAGGCCGACCAAGUGAUGAAAUGGGUAAUGGAUCAAGAGUGGGGACUGAUACUUUUAGACGAAGUGCACACUAUACCAGCUAAGAUGUUUCGAAGAGUUCUAACUAUCGUCAAGGCUCACUGCAAACUAGGGUUGACUGCAACCCUAGUUCGUGAAGACGACAAGAUUGCAGAUUUGAAUUUUUUGAUCGGACCUAAAAUGUAUGAAGCCAAUUGGUUGGAGUUGCAGAAUUUUGGUUAUAUCGCCAAAGUGCAAUGUUCAGAGGUUUGGUGUCCCAUGCAGGCUGAGUUCUAUCGGGAAUAUCUCACUGCACGGCCUUCAAAACGUUUGCUUUUCUAUGUUAUGAACCCAAACAAAUUUAGGGCUUGUCAGUACUUGAUCAAAUAUCACGAGCGCAGAAGCGACAAAGUUAUCGUGUUCGCCGACAAUGUUUUUGCCUUGAAGCACUAUGCAACAAUAUUGGGUAGACCUUAUAUUUAUGGACCAACGUCGCAGUCAGAGAGGAUGCAAAUUUUACAAAAUUUCAAAUUCAAUCCAAAGAUCAAUACGAUAUUUGUGUCCAAGGUAGCUGAUACCUCCUUCGACUUGCCAGAGGCAAACGUUCUCAUACAGAUCUCGAGUCACGGCGGCUCUCGUCGCCAGGAAGCACAGCGUCUAGGUAGAAUUCUUCGUCCAAAGAAGGGUGCCCUCGCUGAGGAAUACAAUGCUUACUUUUACUCAUUGGUCUCACAAGAUACAAUUGAAAUGCAUUUUGCUAGAAAGAGGCAGAGAUUUUUAGCAAAUCAAGGCUACAGCUAUAAGGUUGUGACAACUUUUGAAGGUAUCGAUAAGGAGGAAUUGAUGUAUAAUACUAAGGAGGAACAACAUCAGUUACUGCAACAGGUGAUGACAGCUAACGAUACUGAUGCCGAAGAAGAGAAGGUAGCCAACGAGCCCGGCUUUGGAUUAAGCUCUGGGGCCGGCCGAACAGGGGCGUCGGGAACCUACAAUAGAAGGAACGUUACUAUGAGCUCUAUAACAGGCGCAGAUGAUAAUACAUACAUAGAAUACAAGACAGCGAAACAAAAGAACGAAGGGCGCCACUAUUUAUUCAAACGCUUCCGUCAAACAAAACGUUGA